AUGCCACGAUCGAGACGCUCAACUAAAGUAUGUUCCCGCUGCCGGAAGCGCAAAACGAAGUGUGACUUCAUCUUCCCAGCAUGUACUCCAUGCAAACUGGCAAAUUUGCCUUGCUUGGGCUUUGAUCCUAGCUCCAAGGAGGCAGUCCCCAGAAGCUUCGUCAAGUCACUCGAAGCUCAGGUGGAAGAGCUCGAAGCACGACUGUUUUCGUUCAACGCCGCUUCCACCAACGUUCCGUAUCUCAUCACUACGGCCGUGGCACAGGCCACCAUAUCCAUUGGCAUUCCCUUUCAGAACUCGUUUCUCGACUCCAAAGCCUCAUCUUCAUUGUUCUUCCGGCCCUCCUGUCCCCCAUUGGCAAUAGCCCGGGAACGGGGACAAUCCACUCCUGAGAAACAUCCCAGCUUACAGAAUAAUCGACACAAUCCCGGCGCGCCCAUUAAUUUACGUAGUGUUCCAUUUUCUGCAAUCAAUCGUAUGAUUCAGAAUUAUGUCGACAUCCACUUGCCUCAGUACCCCUGCGUGUCAGAAAACGCGGUAAAUGAAAUACUGAACAGGAUCCAGCAUCAGGACCUGAAGGACCCAAAUGCUCUCCCGAUCCACCAUGUACCCACUGAUGCUGGCCUGGGGCAUUUCGAAUAUUUUGUAUUGCUUAUCGCACUUGCAAUCUCUGCGAUGACAUUGACCUGGAAGGCCGAUUACCAAGCUCGAGUGGCUUCGGAGUCUUUCUAUAACGCCGCCAGGGUAGACAAUUGGACUUGCAUUUCUAACGCAGUCCGGAUUGUCCUCAAUCUUGGACUCUAUCUGGAGUGCAAUCAACUGGUUCAUGGUGAGCCUUAUCAGCGAAGCGUACUAUUUUGGGUAGCGUACGGUAUGGAGAGGUCAUUAUGUACGAACCUCCGCCUACCCUUAUCAUUUCCGGAAGAGGCAAUCACGGUAAAGUUUCCCACAGUAGAAGAGACAAAUCUCCAUACGGAACACUCCACCAGUAGGCCGAGCAAGAAGUCUGUGGCGUACCAUAUAUGUCGGUACCGUGCACUAGAGACAGAAGUUCAUAGAGUGCUUCAUCUAGAAGAAGACUUGACUAAGUUCGGCAACAACACGAUAGAUGAAUGGAUUGAAAGCAUCACCCAGAGGUUGAAACAGUGGUACGAGACGGCACAGUCGUACACAAAGUAUGAUAUGCUUGAAUUCAAACAUGUGCAGUUUCACCACCUCAUGGCACGCAUCCACCGGCCCACGCCGCGUCUGAGAUUGAGAGGUUCAGACAACUGGAAAGCUGUGUUAAACGCAUCAUCCGUUUUGAUACAGGACUACCUCGCUCAGGAGCGGCGUCGGAGGCUGUUCUAUCCUUGGCAUGGGGUACAUAUUCUCUUCGAAACUGCCGUCAUCUCGCUCGAGGCAUGCUGGUCAGCACGGAAUUAUGAACCGCUACAAGUUAGGGCUCAUGAGAUGCUGCAGACCUCGAUUCCUCAGUGUCUUCAGCUUCUCACCAACAUCGGUGAACGAUGGGGUGAAGCAGCCGUAUGUGCUGAUCGGUUGAGGCCGCUCGUUGACACUGUCAGGACCGCUUUUAACAAUCCUGAUACGCUGUUGUUGACUAUGAUUGAUGAGAGUAUGAUCACGGCAGAGAUACUUGAUUUACUAUUUACGGAUGGGCCAUUGUCAUGGACCCGAGCCAACCCGGGAGAGAUAAUGUCUAAUAUGAGUGAGAGUGAUCCAUGGCUAAAUAGCCUGGUGGAUGACAGCCUCGAACUUUUCUCGUGGAAUCCUGAAUGGUGCAUCAUGCCUGCUGACACAAUCUCCAUCGAGGGAUAUACGCUUUAA